AUGGAUUCUCCGAUUAAGGUUGUUUCGACUCCCGUUCAGUUUUCUACUCUUCAAGAAAGGUAUGGUUUCCAGCCAAAGGACGACUUAGAGUUCCCUGGUGAGAGUGCUAGUUUCAUCAAUCCGCCGAAGAGUAAGAUCGCUAUUUACGUGAAACACUUUGAUGUUGGGUAUCGUCUUCCGACAUCAGAUUUCUUUCGAGAGCCGAUAGCAGAUUCCGAUGCGUAUAGGUUUCAGGAGCAGAGGGAGAGGGGCAGAGGGAGGAGAGGCAGUGGUCUUUCAGGGGACUACGAUGAUCUUUUAGAGUUUGGUGAAAAAGUUUGGAUUUCCGGCGAGAAUUAA